CACCGAAAGGGAGCAUUCCAUGGCCCGAUUUCAAAUUUCAGACUCCAUGACCUACUUUGCAAGACUCGAGCGAGCGAGCGCGUGAAUAAGACAUGUUCCCUACUUUAAAAUAUCCCGGGGAUCUUUCAAGUAAAGGUGCCCAAACUUGACUUGAAAGUAAGAUGUUAAACCCCUUCUCUUAAACCAUUGCCGACCUGCCUUGCUAUAAAUAGUUGGAUUUUUCGGCAAAACUAUGCUUCCAUCACUCUACGCUAGUGACUUCAAUUCACCUUUAUGGUUUAUUUCAAAAACCAUGCAUUCUCAACGUUGUCAUUUGAGUGGAGAGCUCCAUUUUCACCCUGAUCUAAUGUCAGAUGAGAUGAGUGUUUGUCCCUCCUUUUACGUCAAAAAUCCGCCCUUCUGAUCAAUAUGGGAGGAUGAAUCGGUGACCCCGCCUUCUUGGUCAUCAUGGGUUCGGACCAAAGCACCGCCCGCUCCCGCACCUCGCCCAGUAGUGGCCACGCCCCCGCUUCGUUCGCCACCACUUCCUCCAUCGACCCGCUGUACUCGCUGUGUCGAGAUGGGGCUCUAUCACCGGAUCGUCAGGAUAGCAUCUGUUCCGAGACCUCAGAGGCCACGGCCGAGGUGCCGUACGUGUCUUACACGGCCAAGAAGCCCAUCGGCGACUCGCCCAAGAAGGCUGCCAAGAGCAAGAUUAGCGCCACCAAAUUCCGCUUGAACGUGUCCAAAACCAAGCGGAUCCUCAAUUCGAAUCUCAGUCAAUCGGCUCACAACACGUUGGUCACGGUCAAUCACGGCAUUGUGGACCCGGAGGCGUGGCAGAGUGUCAAAGACGACCCCGAACUGAGUCGCUUGAACGAGAUUCCUUCGUUUUUACCCAUCAUGCGGGCGACAUUAAGCGCUAAUGGCGUGAAAGAUCCGGAUAUCUUGGAGCGCCUCGAUUAUCGAGGACUCUUGUCCAUGGCUUUACGAUUGGAAGGUCAUAUGCGGGCCAAUGCAGCGGCUGUGACCACGGAUCAGGCUGAGAUUAGCCAGAGCCUGCGGGCGGUGGAUCAGCAGAUUCUGACUCUGACUCAAAUGAUGACGGAUCGUCAAAAGCAAUACGUCAAAACCGUCGAGAAGCUGAACCGAUUGCCCGAGAUGUCGAAAAGUUUGAACAAAUGCCAUAUCCUGCUUAAUGAAAACAUUGAACAGAUGGAGAUCUUGAACAACAUGCUCCCGCCCGAUAUUCGCUUGGAACCAUUUGUUUGGACCACCAGUUCAUGAUGAUGCCCGUGCAUUUCGAAAUAUCACAACCCUAGCCCUGUAUCCAUGUUUUUUCCAUCGUGCCCCGGCUAAUGAUGAAGUCUUGUGUUGCUUGUUUCAGAA